GCAUAUGCUCGCCAGAACGGCGGACGCUAGCAGCCGAGGAGGAGCAUGGAGCAUCGCAGAGGGCGCCGAGCAGCGCCACGGCCGCCCGACACACUUGCCGUCGCCUUCGGAGCUGCUGCCCGCUGCUGACAGCACCGCUGCUGCCGCCUGUGACCCCUAGCCCACCACACCCGCAUCCUUUUUCUGCGCGCAGCCGUGCGCUGUGACACCUGCGCCGCCAAAGAUGACGCUGCGCCUCGUGGGGUCCGCGCUUCCUCUCGUGCUGCUCGCCAGAGGCACGUCUACCAGGGCAAGCAACCCCGUGCUGCGCGCCGUGUGGCUGGUGCCGCUGCUGAGCUGCUGCUGCUGGGGCGGCUUGGUUCUGGGAGCUCUGCCCGCGCUGGCGGAAGGCGGAGUUGGGCCCGUGUGGCGCGCCGUCUCCAGCUCCAGCUACUACAUCGCCGACGUGAGCUUCCCGCAGCAAAGGAGCCGGAGGGCGUUCGUGCCUUCGCCUCCCUACUGCCCCGAGACGGGACGCACUAUUUGCGCACAAGUCGACGACUAUCCCACAGAUUAUAUCUACCAUGUGCUGCUGGGCAGCAAGAGCAAGCACUUCAACCUGUCCACGCUGUUCUCGGACGAGCGACUGGGCGACUCGCAGCCAAACCGCGCGCUGUUGCCCGACCAGCCGCGCACGGACAGCUACGUCGUGUAUCAAACGGCCGUGCACUACGACUACGACCAUCAGGGUGGACCGCCGCAUCACCACGGAGGCCCACACCAGCGUCGUAGGCCGCCGCAACAGCAGCAGCAGCACCGAAGGCAUCACCAGCACCAGGAGCCGCAGCUCCACCACCAGCCGUCGCACCAGGACGGCGAUGAUUGGGCCGACACCACGAUCGUGCUUCCGCCAACGUUUGUCUACCACAAAAGAGACCUGGUGAAGCGAGCGCCCGAGGUGGACCCGGCCUGUCCCGUGCGCACCAUGUUCGUGUCGCCAAAGGCGGGGCUCAGCGACCGUUCCCAGUGGAAGUACGUGGUCAAUCUGCAGGACAGGGACCCUUCGGCUAAGCAGGUCAUCCGCGUCGACGUCUGCAGAUCUCCGGAUGCAGCCUGCUCGAACGCCAUCAGCUUGCCCUUCGGCUACACCAGCCGCUGCACGCAGAAGUACUUGAAGAAAAAGCUGCUCUCUCUCGACUCGGACGGCGGUGGCACGUCGGAUGAAAACUUCUUCGUGCCUUCCUGCUGUGUCUGUGAACUCGUCCGCGAUGUGGGAAAGAAAUAGGGUCGUCGAUCGCACGACCCUGUGGUUACCGGGAUGGGUCGUUGAACAGGGACCACGGUGGGUGCUAUCCUGUGCUAAAGUGAGUGUCAAGACCAGAUACGGACUGAAGUGGUUUCCAGAGUGACAUGGGAAAGAGUGGAUGGAAUGAACUGUCGCUGAGCGACCCCACUGUUGCCACGCUGUCUCUUCUAUGUGUUCUGUACAUGCGCAAGGUAGCCUGUACACCCGUGCUUGUGCUCCGCAUUAUCUUGAUAAAGGACUAUAGCGGCGAA